AUGACAUCCCGCCCCAGUAUAUUCCUCGUUGGAGCUGGAUACAUCGGCCUGAAUGCCCUUGAUCAGCUUCUCGCCGCGGAAUAUCUAGUAACGGUCCUGACCAGACAUCCUGAGCAGGCCUCAGCCCUCGAGGGUCGUGGUGUCAGCACCGUUCUAGGCUCCCUGAGCGAUUUGGAAUUACUUACAGCUCAAGUAGAGAAACACCCGAUCACCAUCAACACGGCGUCUUGCGACGAUCUGCCCAGUGUGCAAGCGAUAUUAACCGGCAUACGGCAAAGAGUCACCGCAGGUAUCCCGGCUAUCUAUAUACACACCAGUGGGACAGGCGCACUCGAGGACGGCGCAUCGGGCAUGUACAAAAACGAGAAGAUAUACUACGACAACCGACCAGAAGACAUAGAAGCCAUCCCGUCUACAUCUAUGCACCGUCAUGUCGAUAUUCCAAUCGCCGAAGCAGCGCGUGAAUUCGGAGACCGAGCGAAGAUUGCGGUGAUCCUCCCGCCCCUGGUGUAUGGGUCCAACCCUAUGCACAAGCGACAUUCAAUUGUCCUGCCUAAAUUGAUACAGUUUGCCUUGAAACAUGGAUUUACCGGGUAUGUGGGUGAGGGUCUCAAUACAUGGAGCCUUGUACAUGUCAAAGAUCUUGCCCGUGCAUAUUCAACGCUGCUUGCAUACAUUGAGAGAUCCUCACCGGCGGUUCUUCUAGAGAAUCCUUAUUUCUUUGCUGAAAAUGGUUCCGAGGCCUCAAUGCUUGACAUUGCAACGCAUGUCAGCCAGGUCUUACACGAGGCAGGUAGAUUGGAGAGCCCCGAGGCUCAUGCCUUUGCUGAGUCUGACUAUGUCGAUGUUUUUGGCCCUUUCACAGAAAGAGGAUUUGGUUGUAACUCAAGAUCUCGCUCUGUCAGACUGCAGGCGCUGGGCUGGAAGCCAACAGAGAAAGACAUUUGGACAUGUCUCCGAGAAGAUGAUGCUCCAGCUUUGUUGAUGGAUUAG